CGAAGCAGGUUGUGUAUGUCAGUGAUGUUGUAAACAAUUGUAAACAAACAACACCAUUUUCGCCGGAUACGCCCGAUAUUUGGUUCUAUAAUAAAAUCAUAAGAUGUCCAGAUUACAAAAAAACGCAACACGCUCGAUAUUGGAUGAAAUCAAGAUGGAGGUAGAAUCGCACUCAGAAACGCCUGGUCCGUCUCACAGCGCCAAGGAUAAUGAUCUCUACGAGGAAGAAAUUACAGUAUUUGCCGAUUUCGACAUAUGCCUGGAUAUGGACGAUCCUAACUUACACAUCAAGGUGAUUGGCAUCGAUACGGAAUCUCCUAUCAUACAAGUGAACGACGAGGUGUACCGGGGGACGCCCGAUCUAGCAUUCGGGACGAACAUAUUCUUCGAGAAGGAUCCCAAAGCCACAGCCACCCUGGAUCCGGUGUUCGAGAACAACAUCAAAGAUUUGUACCAGUAUGUGGAUAGCACGGAUAAGGUGCUGCGGAUGAAGCGAAUCUUUCUCAAUGCAAAGGAUCAACAAAAACAAAAUGCAGACGGAACUGCGGUGAGCGAACGGGAUAGUUCCGAAGAAGAGACCCAGGAGGAAGUGAGCAAUUAUGAGGUCAACAUGACUUAUCAAGAGGCGCUAAAUUUGCAUCUACCCGAUGGAGGUGAACCCGUACGACACAUUCCCGAACAUUUGAACGGAGAAGAGUUAAUGCAAAAUCGCGUAAUUAAAGGCGAACCCAUGCAGGAUGAAUGAGCAGCGUUUAGGUUUUCUUCAAUAUGUGAUAAGUGGCAAUCGAGCAAUAGUUCUUUCCCUGUACUCUACUACACCUGCUAGAAAUACAGUUUUUACAUAAAAUGCA